AUGGAUGCGGAUCCUCGAUCAGAAGAGGUCAAAGAGCACUUCACCCUGCGGAAACUCCAAGAGAGGGUUUGGAGGCUCGAAUCCGAGAACAAGGAGCUGAAGGUUCACAAUUCCAUCUUGCAGACGCAGUACACCUCGCAGUACGAGACGAAUGCUGACAUCCUCAGGACCCUCCACUCGAACCUUGAGGGCAACUAUGCCACAAUAGAGCGGCAUGAGCGAACGAUUAUGGAGUUGGAACACAAGCUCGAAGACCAGAAGCAGCAGGCAAAGGACGAUCUAGAUACGGAAAUGGCCAAGAAAGACGCCGUCAUAGCGAAGCUGAAGACGCAGAAGGAAGAGCUAGAGGGCCAACUCAAAGAGGUCCGGGAGUUCCAAAGAGACAAGGAGAACAUGGAAAAGGAGCUCGCAUCGCUGAAGCAGCAGCUGGAGGAUAAUAAAGAGGACUUCGCUCGCAAAAUGAGCGACUACGAUCGGAAAAAGGCCGUGGACAUGGACAUCCUCCGCCGGGACAUGGUCAAAAGGGUAGAGGAUGCCAACGAGAUGCUCAAAGCAAAGACGAAGGAACAGCUGGACUCCACCACGAAAAGAACCAUCAUGGAGAACGAGCAGAUGUUUACAGAGCUCCACUUCCAGAGCAAGGAGACUGAAAAGCUGAUGGAGAGGAACCAAUCCCUCCUGGAAGAGAAUGCCCAACUGCGGCGUAACCUUCUCAUCCACAAGGACUUGGAGAAUGAGCUGGCUCGACGCACUCACCUCUACCAGAGAUUGCUUAAGAAAAUGGACCAGAAGUUGAAGUCGGAGGCCGCACAGCAGGAGCAGUCUCGUGAGUUCAAUCCGGCGAAGUCGACGGAGUCUGCAAUGCCGGAGCAGGAGAGCUUCUCGCUGGGAGGUUCUCGGGAGGUGUCUGGAAGCCAUCCGCACAGUACUAGCCUCUCAGUCGAGGAGAUUAGUCGCCUGCAGAGGCAAGUGGAGGAUCACCAGAGCACCCUCCAGAUGGUGCGGCAUGAGUUCGCGCAAUAUCGGCGCGAUCAUGCGACUCUUGCCCAGCUACAGGACCAGAGCACACGCCUCAUCAUCUCAGCGCUCUAUGAGCUGAAGCAGCAGAAGGAUCAGGCACCGUUUCCUCCGACGUCGUAUGAUCCAGAUGCUGAGUGGCAGUUCACGAAUAUGACACCAAAGCAGAAAGAGUACUUCUUCCGCGUUCUGCUGGAAAAGCUCAACAGCAGCAUGUGCGCGAUGUGCUUCCCUGUCGGUCCACAGGCGACCUCCACCGCAAGCCUGCCUGCCAUCGGAAAGACGGAGCAGGGUGGCAAGGAGGGCAUCCGCUUCUCCCAGUUCCUGUGGUCCGUGGCGACGGACGAUGGCCCAUCGCAAGGCCUUCGCCAGGAAAUGUGCACGAAAGCCUGCCAGACAGAGACCAGCACAGCAGAUCCCUGCUUGAAGGAAGGGAUUUGGAAUCCGAAGGGCAAGACGUCCCACCUCAACUCGGCCGGCAUGCUCACCGCUGGCAUGGUAGCUGGGAACGUGAGGAACUGGGGGCCGAAGGCGGUCUCGCACCGGACCCCAAAGCAAUUUUGGACCAAGUGCCAACGGGCAGAGACUUUGGGACCGCGAGGAACAGAAAGGACCUCCUCCAGGAUGUCGCCGCCGGCCGACGACAGAGCGGGACUCAAGAGACUGGGCCCUGUAGCUCUCGUUGGUGCUGGCCCUGGCGACCCGGAGCUGCUGACGCUGCGUGCCGUGCGGCGUCUCGAGGCGGCCGACGUGGUGCUGCAUGAUUCCCUCAUCCCCGAGGAGGUGUUGAACAUGGUUCCUCGACGAGCGCAGCUAAUAAAUGUCGGAAAGCGAUGCGGCGAUGUCAAGGACAGAGGCCUUCAGCAGCAGGCUCGCUGUGAUGCCACACGUACUGCAGCCUUCCAGACACUUCCCUCCACAGUUUUCGUCAAGGUUUAG